UAGCAACAAUUACAGAAGUCCCACAAUGAAUGAAACCAGUCAAUUGGAAGACACACCUGCAAUGCAUGAGGGCUGGAAUGAGAGCGAAGUCAAAGAUAUUACAUCACAUUUACAAGAUGGCAGAUUGGUUGAACUUAGCAAAUCCUUUCUCAUGAAGAUAAAAAACUGUUCUGACCUAACGAACAUGGGUGGUGGUUUCGGUAAAAUAUAUAUUUCUCGCGUUCGUAUUCCUGGAUUCAAACACAAACUUGUACUUAAGGCAAUUGGAGGUGAUAAUGAGAACUCAAAAUCUCAGACGCAACUUUUAGGUUCAGUUAAAAAUGAGAAGCUGGCAUCACGGGUGAGACAUUUUGCCAUCGUUCCACUGCUGGCCUACCACGAUGAUUUUUCGUUAGGUAUAUGUUACUUGAUUUCACCGUAUUUUGAAAAUGGUGAUCUGUUCGAUGCUCUUCGAUCCGACAAUGGGGACAAGGUUCUACUUGACUGGAAAACAAGGCUGAAAGUGAGCUACCAGAUAGCUUGUGGAAUAGACUACAUGCAUACAAGUAAUUCGUUUCGGGGAACCAUUCUACAUUUGGACAUCAAGUCAAAGAACAUCGUGCUUGACAAAAAAUUCAACGCUAGGUUGAUAGAUUUUGGCUUGUCAAGGGAGUCAAUGACAGGAAGCAAUAUAACAACAGCGCCUUUAGCAGGAACGGAAUUAUACCGUCCACCAGGUGUUCACAAACUGAGCCCUUUACUGGAUUUGUAUGCUUUCGGUGUUGUUAUUCGGGAAAUUUUAACCGGCCUAGGUCCUGAGGGAACACGUCCUUCUCAGAUACCACUGAAACUGUUGGAUAUGGUGAAUUUUGAAGAUUUGAUACAGAGACGCAUAUGGACAAUUGAUUAUGUCUGGAAGAGUGUGUCCAGUAUAGCUAGUCGAUGCAUAUCUAGCGUAGAUGAUGACGAAAUAAGGGGCCAAAUAUCCUCAGCUUUAAUACGCACAUCAUUGAAGUCGAUUUUAAUCAAAGAAUCAAUACAAAAAUGGACGGUCCUGGAUGACAAUAACUGCGAAAUAUGUGUGGUUAAUGGACAAUUGGAAAAAGAAAAUCUUUCCUUUCGCCGAGUAUCAGAAAUAAAUCAUUCUAACUGCACAACAAAAAUCAAAAUAUGUUGUGCCUGCAUGAGGAAUUCGUACGUAAAUCCAGUCAAGUGUCAGGCGUGCGAUAACGAGAUAAAAUCUAUCAUAGGAGAUGGAUGGGGUGCCAUUUUAAUAGCUGGAUUCGACGAAGACAACAAUCCGUUUCGAAAUGAUGUGAAGAUGUUUGCACAUACUAUAUCAUCGAAAGUUCUUCCAUCGAUGUGUGUAAGCACUGUAAUCACAAUUGAUUCGGCAACGCAAGCAACAGAACCUGUGUCAGUCCGGAUUGAUGAAGCAUUUAAGACGAUUAUGAGACACAAUCUUCACACGUUGGUGUUUCUCUACUCAGGUCACCACGGCAAAGACGGAUUUAAAGUUGGCAUAAAUGAAUAUGUCAGCAUGCAACACAUUAACAAAAAAAUACAAGAAUGUACACAUGUUAAAAUAGUCAUAGCUUUCAUGGACUGUUGCCAGCCAGAAAGAAUCAGAGUAAAAGAAGAAGAACAACGUCUCAUUCAAUUCAACGCAACUGCGAGUACGGAUGCGGCCAUAUCUUUACGAAACGAAGGAAGUCCUUUUACGAAGUUGUUGGUACAGGCUUUCACGAUGAAAGCUUCAGGUGGCAAAUGUGCUUUGCCGCAUUGUGAAUGUCGCAUAGAUGGACCCUUUAUAACAAUCGAUUCAUUAUCGCAUUACAUUGAGAUACACAGACAAAACGGACUUCUGCGUGGCAUGGAACCUGAAAAAAGCUUGAUCAAUAUUAAUUGGCAAAAUGAAUGCCUUGCCUACAAUUACGCAUACAAAGUGGCAUUUCGUUUCGACAUUGUACUUCCUGAACCGUUUACGUCAAAACACACAUUUGAGGUUUUGGCAACAACUGUGAAGGACUUUGAUGCCCUGAUACAAACGAUCCUAUUUCCCAGAUUUGCUGACUUAUUGGGAAAACAACUGAAUGUGCAUCAAAAGUCAAUGUCACAUGCAGACAAGAAUGCCCAUUGCUUGUGCAUUGUUUAUGAUACGGGUCCCAAAUGUUGUGAAGAGGUAGACAACAUAGAAAAACUUUUGCUUGCUUGGAACUCGAAGCGUUUGUUGUGCUGCAAGCUACGAUUCUCUCUGACAGGCAAUUGUCAUAAACCGUCCGGUUUUUUCUUGAAAAAUGGUACACCUGUCAAGGAUUGCAUUCAUGAAAAGAACGAAUUUGAGUUGACAGAAUUGGAGAGUUUCAUUAAGGAUUUACAAGAUAAAAGGAAUAAGUGCGACACUGACACAAAACAAGCGUUAACAGUUUUCAUUUCAAACAUGUCUUCAUUUAUUCAUGGCUGCAAAUGGAACAAGCCGAAGCAUCAAAUAAUACAACUUCGCUUCAUUGAUCUCUUUGAUGAAUGUACAAUCUGCGUGGUUCAUCUUGUGCUGGUCAAUCCAGCCGCGGAACCGUUACCGCCACCACAACCCGUGUUCAAGAUUCCUACCUACCACCACCAUGAGCAUACCUCACCUGCGUCGUAUCAGACUCCACCGGGACCCCCGAAUGUCGCCGCUCAGGUCUCAGCAGACAGUCACGAGGACCGCUUCGCAUUCCACAGUCCUCAGGUUUUCCCACCCCUCGAUCCAAUGGGCAACAAGGAUGGUGCUUUAAAACUCAACCCUCAGACUCCCCACUUGAGAAGUCGCCUUCUACAACAGCUGACUGACAUGGGCUUUAAGAAAGAUGAUGCCCAGCGUGCUCUGAUCAAUAACAACAUGGACAUUCAAGGUGCUGUAGCUGAUCUAUACAGAAGUUCCCGUGCUAAGAAAGAUGACUUCGAAAUAGCGAGAAUGUCUGGUCUCCUGCCAACAAACGAUGACAUAUCAGAUACUCAGCCUGACAGCAACUCAUUUGUGCCUAAUUUGAAUCACAUGCAAAAUACUCCGUUCAACAAUGCUCAAUCCAAGAUACCAAAUCAGUUCCCAUUCAACAAUGGACCUAGUCUCAACCAGUCUAGUCUCGGUUCCAACAACCCCAGUAUUAAUAGUGCUUUGCAGCAAACAUUUAUGCAGAAAUACCCAACCCAGCCGCCACCAACGCAGCAGAUGAAUUCCAUGAACCCUGGCAAGGGACCACUGGGACCAGGUCAGCCCCCGGGUGUGCAGUCGAACCCGAACGACUACCAACAGAUGGCACAACAGCAGAUUAUGAACCAGCUGAGAAUGGCCGUCCAGGCAGGCCUGAUCAGCCCUCAGCUGCUGAACAGACAGCUGCCAACUCAUGUGCUUGUAAUGCUGCAACAACUGCUGAAGCACCAGCAGAACCUUCAGCAGCUCAUCCACACCCAGCUGACCUUACAACAGAACAAGCUGAAGAUCAACCCACAUAUGCUACGUCAGGAGCUAGAGGAGAUCAAUAACAAGGCGCAUAUUAUUAAACAGCAGAUACUCAUGAUACAGAAGAACAUCUCUGCAGCACAGAAGAGCCUACUUGCCAAGCCAGAUAGCUCGUCCCCCCAGCAGCCGAGUGGUGGAAUUCAAUUCAAACCAAUUCAGCAGUCAAACCCUACUCCAAACCUCCGCCGUUAUGACGAACUUGGCCUGCCUGCCCUUGGUGGCGAUUCCACUUGGUCUUCGAGCGCUUCAGGGGGGAAUUUGCAAAACUGGCCCAACUGGACGUCAUCUACAGACAAUGAAUCGUCAGACAAUUCUGAAUCUCUCAUGACCACAGCAGCUUCCACUGUCUCCAGUACCAGCAGCUCUUCUCUGGACCCGAUUCCCACUAUUCCCGAAUUUGUGCCAGGCAAACCAUGGCAAGGCAUAUCGGCAAAGAAUGUGGAGGACGACCCGCAAAUCACGCCGGGCAGUUUCUCCAGAUCCCUCAGCGUCAACACGGUCAAAGACGACUAUCUGCUAACCCUGACUAAAUCCAGCCCAAACAGUGACAACAACUCUUCCUGGCCGUCAAAGUCCUCUGAUGGCGACCACAAGCCGUGGAGCGCAGGCGGUGACAACAGUCUCACCCCCACCAGCUUCUCCUCUGAGGUGUGGGGCAUGCAUGGCAAGAAUUCCACCCCCAGACCCCAUCCGGGCCUUCCACAGCAGCAUCUGCAGCAGCAGCAGAAAUGGACGGGUAUGAACAGGCAGCAUUCAUGGGCAGGCAGUGCAACCAGACAUGACGGUCGAGGCAACUGGGGUGAACCACAAGUUUCAACUGUCCUGUGUCUGCAGAAUCUUUUGCCCUCAACUGAUGGUGCAACCCUGCGUACGCUGUGUAUGCAACAUGGGCCACUGCAGCAUUUCUACCUGAAUCUCUCGCGUGGAGAAGCAAUCGUGAAAUACCGCUCGAUGGAAGAGGCGAGCAAGGCCCAGAAGGCCCUGAACAACUGCCUGCUGGGCAACACCACCAUCCUGGCUAACUUCCUGUCUGACACGGAGGCUCAGCAGUACAUAGAGAUGCAGCAGAGUGGCCUGUCCGGGGGUCCUGGGGCCUCUCAGUGGUCCCAGGGUGGGGGGCAACAACAUCCCCGCUCAAAUCUGGGCUCCAUUGGUGGCGGGCGUGGGGGAAACAUGGGCAUGGGUGGCUGGGGUGGCUCAAUGAACCCAGCGUUGUCAAUGUCUGGCGGCAGUGGCAUGUGGGGAAACAGCGUUCCUCGCUCCAUGAAUUCUGGCGGUGGUUUGUGGGGGAGCAUGGAUGACAAUGGCCCGCACAAUCUGCUUGGCAAUAUGCUAGGCUGAAUGUAAAGGAAUAUGAACAUUUCUUCUUUGAACGAAAUAAUUGCAAAACUAGUAUGAGUGAUUAUUGAACCUAUUUCUGUUUUUGCUAUGUUACGGAUAAUACCUUGGUGAUUAAUGUGUAUAUUUUAAUUAUAAUAUAUGAAUGUGUUGUAAUUGUUUUCCUAUUGCAUAUUAUUGAUCUCUUGUAUGCAGGUUAGUUAUAACUGAAGAUUGUUGUGGGAUCAUAUCUAUCUAAACGUUUGUGUUCUAUUUACGGCUGAUACAAGGCCAUGGCAGAAGUGCACAUGUCAAUAGAUGCAAAUACUUUGGUGUUACUUCAUGGAAGUAGAGAGCGCCAGUUUUUAUUUUGAUACUUCAAAGCAAGUAUAAAUGUGUCUUUCAAAUUCUGUUACUCUUGUAUCUUCAAUGCAAUUAAGUAAUUAAAUAGUAAUUAAAUUGAAUGUGUUUUAAUUCCCUUUUAUUAUUGUUUAAUUUGAGUUACAAUGCUAUGACGUUAAAUUUUAUUUACACUUAAAUGUAUUAUGAAUAUUGCUGUGCCAAGUGUGAGGUUGAGCGCUCUAUAACCAGGUUUAAACCCCCAAUGCUUUGCAUUGACCGUUCCAAGGCGGUGACCCCAGCUUUAUUCAUAUUUUGUGUUUAUGUUGGUUUGUAUUGUGCUGUUUUGUACUGUUUGGGCAAUCGGUCACUUGCCUUAAAUAAAGGACCAACUAAUUGUUUUUAAUGAAAAUUCAAUACUGCUCCAGCAGCUGGAGUUUCACUUCUUUAUAUUGUCAGAUAUGGAGUCCGAGCUGCCACGCCCGUUUUACGCAGCCCUGAUUAUCCAGGAUAGUUUUUGAAUCAGUCAUUUAAUUAUUAUGUGUUAAAUUUUUGUUAAACCUCAUGCUAUCAUGUAUAGAUAAUGUUAUUGAAAGUCCUUUUAAUUAUUUAUAUCUCUUCAUGACAACCAAAAAAAAUGAAUAAAAAGUAAAAAAAAAUAUAUAUAUAUAAAAAAAUAAAAUGAAAACGUCAUUUUUAAUACUGCUAUAAUAUUAUUUGAUAUGUACAAAACAAAAGUGCACAUUUUAUUAUAGAUUUGUAUUAUUCCUAAUUUGUUUGUAUUAUGUGUAGUAUGAUCCGUAUCAUUUUCACUGAGUGGAAGACAAUUUGACUUGCGACUUGCAAGUGUACCUGUGAUAUAAAAGCCAUAACUGUUUUCCUAUUCAUAUUUUACGUGCUACUCUAGUUGACACAUGUUGCUUACUUCAGUUACAGUUAUUAAGUUAGUCUAUAUAAUGCCAUAUCUUUGCUAUUUCUUUGUUUAAUGUGUAAUUAAGCAUGUGUACGCAGUCUCUUGAAAAAAACAAAAACAAUUUUUAUAUAUACUUAUGGAACAGAUUUUUCAAGAUAAUUGAUCAGUGUGUUUUUGCAGUUAUCAAAAUGUAAUAAAUCAUUCCAUUGAAAAUAGUUGUCCAGUAAUAAUUUGGUAAGAUGUGUAAAUAUUUCUGUAUGAUGCAAGUAGUUUAUUUAGGAAUCUACAACUUAACUGACAAUUGCCUGUAAAAUGUGCUGAGAUGUGGAUUACAUGGGUAUUGUUAUCCAGUCUUACAGAGUGCCUGGAGAUUUUUCCCGUCAGUGCAAUACGCCUGUUGGAAGACAUUGUUCCAUUUGUUAAUGUUUGCCACUUGUCUAUCAUCUCAAUUGAAUCAUGUGUAUUAUAUUAAUAGUUUAGAACAUAAAUUGCCUGUUAAAAAAAAAAAAAGAUUUAAAAAAAGGGUAAGUUGUAUUCUAAAAUAUUUUUUAAUGUUGCUGAAAAAGCAGAAAGUUUCAUGUUUGCAUUUUAAUUUUUUGUUCUUGUGUGUUCUAUUUUUGUUUGUUAACAGUUUUUAAUGGAUCUGGAACAGAAAAGGGAUACUUAAAACAAGAAAGCCAGACUCCUUUCAUGAUUGAUUUUUAAAUGUUAUAAUAUUUUAAGCCAGACUUGAAUCACACCAAAGACUAAAAUGACAAACACUUUUAUCAUUUAAAUAUAAUUCCAUAGUUUAUCUUCUGUAUUGCAUAGUUAAUAUUUUAUUUAAAUAUUUAACCUUUUGAUAAAUUUCUAUUACUCAAUUCCUUGAACAUCAUUUUAUUGAUCUGUUAAUCAUUCUUACUUAUAAAAAUCCGGCGUGGCAUUGAUGAGAAGUCCGAUUGCUAAACAACUCAAUUGCUCAGGCUUAUCAUUCUAAUAGUCUGUUUUGCAGUGGUGUGUGUUUUAUAGUGAGGCUCUGUGACUGCAAACUUAACCAGUCAAGCUCACCAAAUUUUUUUUAUAAGUUUCCACAACUUUUCAGAUGUUUUGUCUCAAAUGUUCAAUCUUAUAUAUAUCUGUGUUAUCUUUUAUUACAAUGUCUUUUUUUCCAAAGUCCAAGUCAUGAAAGGAUUUUAUUAUUAUGAUAAUUAAUAUCAUGUUGUCAAUUGACACUUUAAGAUGCUACGUUCAUGUUAAUUGUGUAUUGUUUAAAUAUCAAAUGCUAUUCGUCCAUUCACUUUAAUGUAUGUUUUACGUUUGAUAGAUUGAGCAUGUGUUACAUAUCUAUAAUGCUGAUGUAUGUUUGGAGGCAUGAGUGGUCUCUUUGAUAACUAUCUACCAAAUUUGACUGUAUUUUUAUGGCAGAUACCUGCAUGAGACUAGUGGACAAAAUGUCAAACUAAUUGCAUAUAUCAAAAGACUGUAGUUGACAUUUGUAAACUGUGUUCAUUAUACCAGUGGUGAUGGGAACCCCAUAGUGUAUAUACUUAACUCAUUAUUUGCCUUUCCUUACCAGGUGAAACCUGUUGGACAUGUGUAUGGUUUUGAGAUCAGGUAUUUGAUAUGCCUCUUGACUGUUUAAACAAGGUUCUUGCAUUUUACUGUACUGAAUAGUAUAACAUUCGGAAAGUUAUGUAAUCAUGGCAGAAGUAUUAACUUAUUAUCAAUAACUAAUCAAUAUUGUUCUUUUUUUAUCAAUAACUAAUCAAUAUUGUUCUUUUCUUUUGCUCUACUGGAUUCUGUUUUCCCAUGCUGAUUGAAAUAGAGAUCUUUAAAGCUUCACAAAGUUAGGUGCUUUCAGGUUAAGUCUGUUGUUCCCUUUAAAAUAAUUUAGGAGAGGCACAAGCAUUUGUUGGAUUUGUUUUGAUAUGUUGAACAAAUAAUUGAUAAUGACAUUUUUUGCAUUGAAUACUCUAUUUAAGUAAAUGCCAAGUUCUCUACAAAACUUAGUACCCAAUCCACCAUGUUGCCAUGAUAUUUUCUUUUAUGUAGUAAUAAAGUGUUGUAGAGCUUUCCAUUUUUGCAUUUAACUCGAAACAUUCGUGUUAAGAUAUGAUUUCAAGACUUUCAUAAUCUUGUAUGCACCAGUGACGUUGUUAGGGCAUCAAACGACAAAAGUAUUCCAAAUUGAACUGUUGUUCUACCUGAUGUAAACUCACCUAUUGUAUUUGUGUUCCACAUUUGUGGACACAACUCGGCAAACCAAUACUUAAAUUGCAGGUUUGUGUUUUGAAAUUGAUAUAAUUUAUUUUAAAAAAACUACAAACUCAUUCUUACCUGUCAGUCAAAUCAAACUUGUAGAUUUGUAUUUGCUCUGUUUGACAGCAGUCUCAAUAAUUUGCAUGAUUAUUGAAGUAUGCACAUUUGGUUUUUGAUGCAAUUUUUAAAAUCCUGUUGUGACAAGAUGGAACUUUUGUUAUGUUUGUAAUUUGUUUGUGCUUAUGAAACUGCAGUUCUUUAUAACCAAAACUCAUUGUUGUUGAAAGGGGGUAAAACAAUGAGUUUUUAACUUGUUAAUGUACACCAUCCCCAAAAUGCUGCAAUGUGUAUCUAGCUCAAUACAGUUAAUUCCUCUGUAUAGUUUAUUCUUUAUAGUGCAAAGUUGUAUUUUGAAAUUUAAAGAGUAUUAUCAAACCACUUGUAUCUCAGUUAGUGUUGUAUUCAAAUUAUAGUUAUAUGUUGCUAUCAAUAUGUUAAGACUUGUAUUCAAACAGUUUUAAGAGAUUUAAAUGACAGAUAAUAAUGUGCUCAAUUAUUUUUUUCACUUUGUUCAGUUUAUAUUUUUUGUAUGUAAAAUGAAAUGGACAUUAAACUCUCUAACCACAGUGAGACCAAACUUAAAGAUCAUCAAGCGUGAAAUUUUCAAUGUGCUAUUGGAAGAAAAUUAUAGAACACUCCAUAAAAAGAUCCCUUAAAAUGUAAGGCAGUUAGUGUAUUUACUUGUCUUUCAUGUUCUGCAAUAUUUCUGGUCACAAAUUUUAUCUUCAAUGCAGCUUUGCUUAUAUCCUGGAUAGUACGGUGGUAAAAAGCAUUUACGUUUCAAGAGUGCAUUUGACAAGCUGUUUGAAGUAUUUCUGAAUAAACAAGCCUACCUGACUUUGGUUUAUUAAUAUGGCUGUGUUACAUCAGAUCUGACCACAAUACUUAAAUUCACCUUUUAUAUUGUUGUAUUUUACGAAAUUUCCGUAAAUGUUUAAAUGUUACAGCACAGCUGUGAAUAGUAAACCAAAUUACUGUACAGUGUUAAAAUCCUAGCAGAUAUUUUGCCAUAAGAUUCUAUCAACCAUUAACAUGAGCCAAAGUGUCAUGUCAUCCUGUCUGUAUUUAUUAUGCUUUGUAGAUUUUAAAUAUUAUGUAUUAGAUUAUUACAAAUUGUGAUAUUUAUUGUUGAAUUAUCGAAUUUGUCGAUGCUCGGUAAAGACCUCGAUGGUUUUUGGCUUAAUAAAAUGUUUAAUGAGAAAAAUUAAUAAAAAUACCCUAUCCUGUUUUGUGAUAUUAGAGCCAUUUGUUAAUUUUGUAAUAGUAGAAUCUCUUCGAGGGGUGAAAUUGUUCCUAUCAAAACUGGGAACAAGACAAAUAAUGGCAUUUUUCCUGGUCGAGACGUAUAAAACUGCAGCAGUAUUGCCUGUGAUCACGUAUCAGUAAAGAAUUGUAUAUCAAAUCCAAGUUUAUUUUUAUGUACACUCAUUAUUUAUGUCAACUGAGCAAAACAAUCUUGUUGCGGUAAAUUAUUUAUACAUUCAUCGAUAUUGUUUUAUUAUUUUCUGUUCUGUGAAACUUGUGAUGCCUAAUAAGAUUUCCAUGUGUUCAUACUUAUAUUUGUGCUCCUGGUGUUUAGAUAUUUAGUGAGAUUUGGAUGAUUUUAAUUCUCUGUACGUACUUUGUUAAUAUAUAAUCACCAUGCUUACUGUGUUUGUCAGGUUGAAUACAGCAUUUUGGUGUGAGAUUCUCUCCCAGUUACUUGCCAUAACACACGGGAAUCACACCUUGUGAUACUUAUAUAUUUAUAUAUAGUAUGACUUGUAGUCCUCUUGUUUGAAUAAGUCAAAUCUGAUCACAUAAAAAAAAACAUGGCAGGAGCCAAAUGAAGAUUUUGUGUUCAUAGUCGGUUGAUAAAGUGCCAAUAUUGUGGAGGAGACAUGAUGGGGGAGUCUUUGAGUUAAGGGCCAAGAUCCACAAAGAUGAGCAGUGAAAAACUUAACUACAUGGCCAGUUUCGUUGAAAUUGUGUAUAAAAUAAUUAUCAGAAAAGUUUUGGUUUAUCAUAGUUUUAAUGGAAAAGUUAUUUUGUUCCAAACAUAUUUGUUAAAAAAAAAUCAACUGAACAAUAUCAGUUUAUCAUAUUGUAAUUUUUUUGUUUAUUUUUUUUAGAUAUUUUUCUACAAGCUUUUUGAAUGUUGGCCCCUGGUGCACUUAUCAUAGUCAAAUGAUCUUGUCAUGUCAUAACGAGGAAUUCAUAUGUGCCUGUGCCUUCCUUUACAUUUGUAUAGUUUUGUAAGAUCGAAAUGUACCCUCACAAAGUUCCCAGAAAAUUAAGUGCAAGACGAUAAUUGAUUCGUUUCGUCAGGUUUUUGAAUCCAGUUUGUUUCAUAACUGCUGUAGUAAGAAGGAAUCUGUCUUUGAAGUUCACUAAUGGUUUCUUUAAGUGUUCAUAUUUUAUUGUUUUUUAAAAACCAUGUGUCAGAUUUUGCUUAUUUUGGAGCGGAGGGAUUAUGUUUGAUUAUUAACUAUGUUUUAUGUCUAUUCUUGUCAUAAUGUAUGUAGAAUGAAGUUAGUUUAUUGUCUUUAUGAGGUAAAUAUAAGCUUUUGAGAUUUUGUAUGUUGAGGAGGUAAAUAGCACCGUACAAGCGUGUUACUUGACUUAGUAUCCUUUAUUUCUUGAUAAAAUAAUUAUAUAUAUCUUAUUUGUGGUAAAAAUGGGUAAAACUGAGGUGAUGUAAUGAAUUCUUAGACACUCUUAAUAAUGCAAUUUGUAAUUCUUUGUGAUCAUUGAUGUAAAUUAAACCUAGCACUUUUAAAUUGUCUCACAGGGGUAAAUCAGGGGAAUGUAAAUGUACCGAAAUCCCCCAUAUUCACGCCUUACAGGGUCAAUAUGUCAUCGGUAUGAUUGUUUCUUGGCAUCGCAUAACUGUUGAUGUACAACCGGCGCGUGUCUAUGCUCUUGUGUAGAAUUACCGACAUCCCCGCUAAGAGGCAGCGUACGGUGUCAAGAGUGCUUAAAAAUUAAUAUUAAUAUCAUUAUUUGUACAUAAACAGUUAUGCGAUGUCAAGAAACAAUGAUACCGAUGACAUAGUGACCCUGUAAGGCGUGAAUAUGGGGGAUUUCGGUACUCGGCGGGCAAAUGUAGAAUUACCGAAAUCCCCGCUAAGAGGCAGCGUAUGGUGUCAAGAGUGCUUAAAAAUUAAUAUUAUAUCAUUAUGUGUACAUCAACAGUUAUGCGAUGCCAAGAAACAAUCAUAUCAAUGACAUAUUGACCAUAUAAGGCGUGAAUAUGAGGGAUUUCGGUACUCGGCGGGCGAAUGUAGAAUUACCGAAAUCCCUGGCUUAAGUGAAAAUUUUUCAACCUAGGUCACCAAAGGGGAUAUUGUUGAUAGUUUUUUUGUCUUUCUGACUGAUUUCUACAAUAAGUAAGCAAUAUAAUGAUUCUUUUGACUCUUGCAGGUUUGUACAGCGGGGAUUUCGGUACCUGCGCGUGUCUAUGCUCUUGUGUAGAAUUACCGAAAUCCCCGCUAAGAGGCAGCGUACGGUGUCAAGAGUGCUUAAAAAUUCAUAUUAAUAUCAUUAUUUGUACAUUAACACUUAUGCGAUGGCAAGAAACAAUCAUACCGAUGACAUAGUGACCCUGUAAGGCGUGAAUAUGGGGGAUUUCGGUACUCGGCGGGCAAAUGUAGAAUUACCGAAAUCCCCCCUAAGCGGCAACUUAUGCUGUCAAGUGUGCUUAAUAAUUAACAUUAAUAUUAUUUGUGCACGUAAACAUUCAAGCAAAGCUAAAAACCAAGAAUACAAAUGAUAUUUUUGACACUUUCAGAUGUAAAUAUGGGGGAUUUCGAUACUCGGUGGGCGAAUGUAGAAUUACCGAAAUCCCCGCUACAAGUCAAAUUUUUUCAAAAGAAGUGAGAUAUUGUUGUUAAGUUUUUGUCUGUACCUCUUCUUUCUAAUAUCAAAAAGCCACCCAGAUGAUUUUUUGACACUUGAAGAGCUUUACAGCGGGGAUUUCUGUUCCUGAUCGUGCUUGUGAAAACAUGCACUAUGGAUUCAUACUCGGAAUCCCAAUAAUUAUGUAUAUAUUUUAGUUUUUCACUACCAAACAUGGAUAAAAACAAUUUUUCAUCAAUGAAUUGAUUGUAUUUUGCAAUAUUCUAUCUUUAUAUCCGCAGUAUUUUGAUAAAUAAUAAAUAUUAUUGGGGAUUUCGGGGGAUUUCUGGGGAUUUCGGGGGAUUUCGGUAAUUACGGGGAUUUCGGUAUUGCUACACACCCUGGACAACACAUGCUAUCGAGUGUAUUUUAGGUUGAUUUUCUGACUAAAAAUGUACCACACUUGUCGGGAUGAAGACCAGUGUGUGCAUGUAGCAUUUCACAUUUGAUUGCCCUGAGUCCUUGUAAUAAUGGCAUUUGGGGAUAUAAUCCCAUUAAAUCUUUGUAUUUAUUUGUAGUUGUUGUGUGUAGCAGUUUAGGUUCUUUCUCUUUUUCAUUUUAAACAGAUAUAUUUUGACCCAUGUGUUUGGUGUUUUCAUGUUGAUUUUUUAUUUGUGUUUUGUCACUGUUUUAAAUCCUUGCGUAUUUUUUUUUUUUGCCUGAUCUGCCUUAUUUUGCAUAAUGCUGGACAAGCAUGUGUUGCUCUUGACAAAAGCCUGCUGACACACCCAUGCCUUCAAGGGUUUCUAACCUGUGAUAACAUCAUUUUGCAUACAAAAUGACCCUGGGAUGAAACAGAUGUAAUAUGUAAAUAGGGCAGUUAAUAGUAAUAAUGUCAAUAAGUCUAAGACAGGUGUGGACAAAUCAUUGUUUACCAAAACAAUUAGAUUUAUUUUUUACCACUUUUGUAUGUUGUGAGAAUACCAUCUAAAGGACUGUUGGGAAUUGAGAAAGUUUUGAACAUGUAGGACUUUGCUCACUUCAAAUGCCACCUUGACACGUUUUGCCAAAGUGUUUAUUGUCAUACAUUCCUUCUAUAUAUUUGCAUUGAAUAAUCUAUUAUGUAAGUGUUGUAUUUGUUAUGUAAUAUGAACCCGUGCAGCACAUGCACGCAAUGUGGUUUGCAUUGUUUUUGUAUUUAUUUCUCAUUGCAUGUCAAUAUAGGUCCGUUGUAACUUGCGUAACUAGCGACAUGUUGUUAUUUUGAUGCUGUUCUGUACUUGAGAGUUGUGGAAUUUGACAUGUAUUUCCGUUUGGAAAAUUGCAAUCAUUUUAGAUGUAUUGAAGUUAUGAUGCAAUGUAGGUAACUGUUUCAUAACACAUUGCAUUACCCUAGAUGUUAUGAUUGUGUGCAACAUUCUUUGUCUAGUCACUGUGCAAACAACAGUUAUCUAUGUUCAAUCAUGAUCUGAAAUAUAACCUUAUUUAUUCGA